AGAUUACAUUUUAGCAUUUUUUGAUAGAGAUUAUGGUAAGCUUAUUGGUUUUCUAAAUGAAUUUAUUCUGUUAUUACAAGAAAAUGAUGAAUUGUUAAAACGUGAGUUACCUAUGUACUUUACAAACUUUAUUAAAAAUAAUUUAAAUAAUUUUUGGAAAGAUGAACUUGUGCUCUCUAAUAAGGAUUUCAAUACUUUUAAAGAUAUUCACUUAUUUGGAUGCUUUUUUUCAGAUCUGGCUAACUUAUUUUAUUUACUUGUGAAUCCAAACAACAAAUUUAUGCUCUUUAAUUAUGAUAAAUGUGCCAGAUAUCUUUUUGGUUGUUCAAUGGUGACUGUUUUAAUGCACUUUCAAGAAGAUAUUGAUGAAAAAAAUUUAAAAUGUUCUGUUUAUGACAAUAAGAAUAACGUAUUGGAAUAUAAAUUAAUGAUUGAUUCAACAAAAAAAAUUAUUUUUUUUACGUUUGACUUACGUUAUUUGAAAGAAUAUAAUAUUAGACAAAUAGAUUGUAUAGUUCAGACUACCCAAAAACAUUAUCAAUCAUGUGAUAUUAACUUAACUGAAUACUUACAAUAA